AUGGACUUUGAAUUGAAUGAUUCUCUAUAAGCGGAUAAGAAAAGACACAUCCUGCUAACACUGAAUGGAUAGGCUGAUGCUGAAAUCAUCAAAUUCAGGUUCUUUCAAGUAUUUGUCUGAUGUCAUUCAUGAAGGGUCAAAUAACAAUGCAUGAUAUUAAGAAGAAAAUGGAGAAGCAUUUUAAGAUGAAGAUAUCAUGGUUGAGACUCUACACCUAAUAAGGAGUCGAGAUAUUCUAGGAGGAUCUGCAUUUUAUAAAAGAAGGAACAUUACUGUAUGUUUCGGAUAGUACAAUUAUAAUACAAUCUAAAUAGGCAGUGAAUUCGAUGCUUACUCUUAAAUCAGCGUGUAUUAGAUAAUGAAAGUGCUUGGAGAGGGCGGGUUCGGGAAGGUUAUGUUGGGUAAGCACAAAGUUACAGGCGAACAAGUGGCAAUCAAAUUAAUUGAUUCCGGCAAAUUGUGGAAUGCCGAAGAUAUUGAUCUGGUAUUCAGAGAGGCAGAAGUGAUGAAGAACCUGCGACAUAACAACAUAGUCAAGAUAUUGAAUUGUUACACUCUUCCCAACAUGCAGGUGGUCUUGAUCAUGGAGUUCCUCUAAGGAGGAGAUUUGGUCGAGUAUCUAUAAGGUAAUCCCAUUACUCAGUAUUAGAAAAGGGAGGAUUGUCAGAACAAGAUGCUAGAAUAAUCUUUAGACAAAUUGCAGAAGCCAUCCGAUAUUGUCAUGACAAACGAUUGAUACAUCGAGAUUUGAAAUUAGAAAACAUACUCUUGACAUCAAAGGUCGAGAAAAUCAUUAAAAUCAUUGAUUUCGGUAUAGCCACUGUGUCAACAAAUUUCACUAUUGAUAAAGUUGACAGAGGCUCAUUGAGUUAUAUGCCACCUGAAUUGAUGAGUGGUUAAGCCGUUGAAAUCAAACCAUCUAUCGACAUCUGGGCUCUGGGAGUCAUCUUAUAUGCUUUGGUUUGUGGCAACUUACCCUUUACUACCAAGAGUGAUGAGUAAACUAUUGACAAUAUCUUGAAGUGCAAUUACUCAUUCCCUCCCUCUCUCCUUCUAACUAAGGAAUAUAAGGAUCUACUGGCAAAUAUGCUUAAUCCUGAUCAGAAUCAGAGAUACUCCGCAUAUCAAGUGAUCAGACAUCCUUGGAUGCAAAAAGUGAUAACCUAAUCUCCAUCCAAUUUGCUAAGUCCCAAGACCGUUACUGCCAAGAAGAUGAUCAAGAAAGAAGUUACAAUGGCUGGAGGACCAAACAGAAAUUAGCAACUCUAACUCAGAGGGGGUAUCACUAUGAUGAGACCAGCUGUCCAAUCAAAUUCAAAUUCGGCAGUCAUACCUAUUAUUUAUGAAUUCUAAACUCGUAAUUAAUAAGUAAGCUUAUUACUUAUAAGAGGAUCCCUCAUCUCCAAGAUCCUCAUUUUUAGAAAAUUGCACUAACCGUUCAAUAUAGGAACCUUCAGAAAAUUUAAGUCCGGAUAAGGCUGUCCCCAAAACCCAAGCUAUUCGAAAAUAUUCAGACUUUAACCAAAAACUUAUAGAUCGUAUAUUUCGAGAAGAUUCUAAAAGAGAAAAAGCUAGGAAAUGGAAGAGCAACUCACCCAAAAUGAAGGGAUCUCCAAUAAAAUAAUAAAAUUAAGGUUCUCUUAUCCAAUGCACAAGUUGUCGUUUCAACUCAGCUCGAACUACAAAUACUUCUCCUUACACUAUUUCCAGAUCUACUCUACACACUCCCAGUUUGUUUAGUCCAAGAUAGUCAUCUGAAAACAAAAAGAGAUCUAAUGAUAAAUUGGAAAUUCAAACCAUAAUUAAUUUGAGUCAGAGAGUAGAAUGGAAAUAACUGUACUCUAACUAAGUUACUCCUCAAAACAAUAUUUAAAAUAGAAGAAGCACAAUGUCAGCCUCAAAAGCAGACAUGCUUUAUAAAUUACAAAUACAAUUCAAAGAAAGACAAAAAAAUUAAGAUACUUAAUUGUAAAAGAAACUAUAUGAAAAUAAUAAGGAAAUGACAAUCUAAAAAUUGUGCAAUAUCAUAUUUUCAUCCAGACUUAGAGUUCAUCAUAAAUGAUCAAUUUUUGAAUAAUUUUAUAAGAAAUAAGAAAGUUUCACAUUUUUAUUAUCAAAUUAUAUCAACUAGUAUCAGUGUUGUGUUUGAUAUGCUUAUGACAUUUGUAAUUUUCGAUGCAGUGACUACAUACUGGCAAAUCGUUUUAAACUGUGUUCUGUUUUACAAGUUCUCUUACUAGGUUAAGCUGAUUUGUGUUCUGAUAAUGAAGAAAGAUUCUUGUUUUUUAUAAAUUGUUAUAUGGGUCGUUUUAAGAAGUUGUCGAAGUUCAUUUGAGAUAGGGUUUUCUAUUUUUACCUGUCAAAUUAAGAUUAGGGACUAUGGAUUUCAGAUCUGGAUUCAUUAUGCAACUGAUGCAACAUUUACAAAGCGUCAGUUUAAUAAAAUUGAGGAAGUGAAAUUAAUGUGGAUUAUCCUGAUUGUUUCCUUGGUUUUGCAAUUGAGACUCUUGGCUUGGAGAUUCUCUUACUAUUCUUUUGAUGCUGUGAUCUUAUCUUCUUAUAUUUAAAGUAAGCUAAAACGAGUUAAACUGCUCUCACAUAUAUCUUAAAUCGAUAUAUAAUUUAUUUAUGUCGCAGUUGCUUCACAUAGAACAAACCUUAAGAAAUUAAUCUACGCCAUUUGCUUCCAUAUGAACCAUAAAUCUUUUCAUCACAACUUUGGGAUCUAUGGCUCUUGUGACCAUGUAAACAUUUAUAUUUCGGUGUUUGAAUUUGGCUCUUCCCCAUUAAAUCAGGUAUCAGCAAUGGUCUCAUUUGUAUUCUCCAAGUCUUUUCUGUACACUUGUUGUACGUUUCGUUUGUUAUAAGAAACUCAGUUGAUUUUUUAUGAAGCCUUUUAUAAUAUAAAGGUCCUUUUAAUCUGGGACUCGAAUCUUAAAACAUUAAAAGAGGACAUUGAGAUCGUAUGUGUACAUUUAUUACAUUAUCCAUUCAAUUGUUUAUACUUAGAAAUAAUUAUAUAUAUAUAUAUUGAAAAAUGAAUGAUAUGUUUUAGGGUAACAAAAGUGGAGUCUCUUACGGAAGCCAAUUCGAUGCGUAAUAUCAUUGAGCAAAUAUUGAAUUUUAGUUUAGGUGCUAGUUUCGGUAGAAUUGCUCCACAAGACAAACAAAGUAUAGGAUCAAAUAAUGGAGGAGGCAGUUUUGCAUAGGUUAAUNCAAAACAAUAUUUAAAAUAGAAGAAGCACAAUGUCAGCCUCAAAAGCAGACAUGCUUUAUAAAUUACAAAUACAAUUCAAAGAAAGACAAAAAAAUUAAGAUACUUAAUUGUAAAAGAAACUAUAUGA